UCCUUUUAGUCCAAGUCCAGCUAAGAGUCCAGCCCAAAAGAUUCAAGCCAGUCCACUGACACUGACUCAAUCGACUCCAGUCCACUUCAGUCGCUGCAAUUUGACUUUUAGUAAAAAUUAGAUUUCAUGCCAAAGCCAACUCCAGCUCAUUACACUAUUCAAUCGAAUUAUUUGAUGUGAAAUGAUUAUAAAUUAUUCUUGGACUCAUGUGUAUGGAAAUGAAUUUACAAACGUUAUUUCAGGAUUUCAAUCCUAGCAAAUUCGUAGUCCAUAGCUGUUUACUUGUUUUUACUGCGUUACUAGCGUUAAAGCUAGAUAAUUCUAUAACAUGGUCGUAUUGGGCUGUGUUUACACCAAUAUGGGUAUGGAAAUUCCUGGUCGUGUUGGGUGCUACAGUUGGAACGUACGUUUGGUGGCAGUAUCCUCAUUUCAGGUUAGAGGGUGAAGCAUACAUCCACUACAAAGCUAUGCUUAUAAGCCUUGCCAUCCACCUCAUACUGUUGAUGUUUGAGUUGUUAGUGUGUGACCAACUAACAACUGGUCGACACACAUGGGUGUUAGUCUUUAUACCACUCAUCUUCAUCAGUAUAGUUUCAAUUGCCAUCUGUAUAUGGUCUGUGAAACAUGACCGUAGUUAUGAGUUGGAAUUGUUUUGUGCGGUGAACAUACUUCAAUUCAUUUUCUUGCCACUGAAGCUGGACGCGGUCAUUUUCUGGUCUUGGGAAGUGGUCUUUGUUCCCCUCUGGAUACUGAUGUGCCUCAGCCUUGUAGGUGAGUGGGUGUUGUACAGCAUAAUAUUCGCGGGCAUACUGCUCAGGACGCCCGAAGUGAAUAUACAACAGCGGAGGACCAGCUUCAAUUCCGCGCUGGCGUAUACCUUCACCGUCAUACCUAUAUUGGUGUUCCAGGUGCUAUUAACAAAUAAGCUGGACGACGGCCUAUCCCUGACGUACACGGUGGUCGUGAGCCCUCUGUUCGUCAGCUAUGCCGCCCUCAUCAUCAUGUCCUUCAGCUCCAAGGGAGGGAACAAAUGGUGGUUCGGUAUCAGGAAAGAUUUUUGCCAAUUUCUGCUGUCGGUAUUCCCCCUACUACAGGAGUAUGCGAACAUAGCAUACAACAACAACGUGAACAGGGCCUCCCCCGGGGUCCCCGAGCCCAACCAGGAGCCCUACCGAGACGACGACACUCAUAAAAAAGUCAAAGACAGCAAAAAAUCCCAAAAGAAUCAGAAAAAGAGUGAUAUAUUGAAACCAGUAGUGCCUGCGACUAGUAUAGAUAUGCCUGAUUGAGUUUCGAUAGUGCUCAUGUGUUCACUUAAAUUCGUUUCAUGUAAAUACUUGGCUUAAGCGGAGACUCACUGCGGUAAAUUAUACAACUAAAUAAGCUUUGAAGUUUUGUACUUAUAGUUUAUUUUACUUUGACUAUAACGUAAUAUGUCGGUGUUUUAUUAACUUAACGUUCAACUUUAUGGCUUAAUGAUGGAAUUGAGAUUCAAAUAGUGACAUAUAAUUCUCAUGUACUAUCUGUCUAUCUAUGUUUACUGUUAUAAAAUUGAACUGGUUUUAAUUGUAAUUAUAUUACAAGCGGCUCAAUGUUUUGUUUAUAUUCAUGGGCAAUUUUUUAUGAGCUUAUAUUUAGGGUUAGUUUACCGCAAUGAUUCUUAACUACCUAUCUAUAAGCUUUUAAAUUAACGCAAAUUCAGAGCGAAUAAAUUCAAAUGUUGAUGUUUUUGUUCUGUUUUUGCAUUCAUUUAAAUUCUUGUCUAGGUAUAAUGUAACAGAGCAAUAUUUAACAUUGUUAAGUUUGGUAUUAGAGCUAAGCAUGUUUCGUGUUAGCAGAAGUGAACAUUUCAAUGAUAUCCGAAUUAAAAUUUUGUGAAUAAUAUUGAAAAGAAUCAGAAUUAUAAUUAUUGCAUACAUAGGUAUGCAUAGUAGGGCGCAUUAUAAAAUUGAAGUUAUUAGAAGGCGAUCAGAAAGGCUGUGUAGCCAACCCUAGUGUAGUUUUAAUCUAUAAUUGCAGUUCUGAUACCUCAAUUUAUAUUGAUUUACUUUAUUGUGCUUUUUUGUAUUACUUUCAUUACUGUUUCUAUAGCAGACUUAAAUUUUCUCUAAAUUGGGGUUGGCAACACUGCAAUCAGAUAACGCUUGUAAAGAAAGUAGCGAUCUGAUUGGUUGUCAUUUAAAAGUGUGCGUGAAUACGCACCCUUACUCCUGAAUUGCGAGCUGUAACUUAACGUAGACAAUUGUAAAAAUUCUAACGACAUUAUUUUAGAUAUCUGAAUAAUUUAAGACAGUAGAAGUGGUAAAGUACUGGUGAAUGUGUCGUCGCAACUGAAUCUUAUGGCAUCGUAACAUCUUUCAUAUUGCAUCUUAAUUAUACGAUUCGUCUGAUAGCUUUACAACUGCGCAGAACACUACUUGCGAUUGAAGGCGACUCCACAUAAUUUCUAUAGUCAAGUUCAAGUUCAAUAAGUCUUUCUAUUCUUCUUCCUUCUGGUUAUAGACCCGGUUACAUCCUCACCACUCUAGAGAGGAGCCUCGACACACCUUUGUUCUGGAUUCUGGUGAGUCAGCUUUUUACACGAAGUGACUCAGAUCUGACCUCUGCAACCUUUAUUUAAAGUAAUGAAGCGAAGAUCUUCCGCCAGGCCAGGUGUGAUUUCUGGGAAAUCGCGGCUCCGACGAUGUUGAGUCGGAGGUUAUACUUAUGCUCCAAUCCGUGAAAUCUUGGGCGAUUUAAAUUUCCUUUUGCUGCUAUUGGCUGAGCGCGUCACAUUCUUCGCUGUGACAGGUGGUGUGUGAAGUUAGUAAUGUCGCCACAAAUAUAAUUUCGAUAAUAAUCUUUUGAACUUUGAACCUUUAUGCGAAUCACGUAUUAUGACCGGGCACCCUACCGAUUCGACCAUCGACGCUCUUUAUAUGGCUUUCUAUUGUAUCAUAUUAUUCCUAUUGCUAUGGUUGGCAUUAAUUUUACUUUUGCUCAAAACUUGGGAGUGAGGAUUAAGAGAUGCAUCAAUAUUUAUCGACAGGCUAUGCUUAGAACUCCUGUUUAUGUUAUAGGUACACAAACUGAAAAUUACCACGGAAAUAUAAUUCUGAAAUUUUUUGUAGUAUAAUUUUUUACUUUAAUAAUAAUAAUCUUCAUGUUUUGCAUUUUUUAAUGUAUUUUGCUUCGCCCGUGGUACAUAUAUAACACAGGUAGACAAUGUACCUUUUUAACGGUGAAAGGAUUCUAAGGAUCAGUGCAGUGUUUCUGAAGAUACUCAGUCCUUACAAACAAAAAAUCAAAGUUGCAAGCUUUACCUCGUUAUACUAUUGGUAUAGAUUGUAUUAUACAGUCAUACACUGUGUAUAUUUUAAACUGUAUAUAAAUUCUUACCAUACUGAUGAUUUCUUCUUGAACGGAAAAUACCUACUUCACAUAGUCUAAAAAAUAUUUUUAUUGCACGCAUUUUAAUUUCCAAAUAUGUUAUUUUCGGUACAUUUCAUUAUUAUAUGUUUAUUUCAGUAAAAGAAUCAUUAUGGAAACUCACUUUAGUGGCAUUUUAUGUAAAAAUAUAUAAAAAUUAUAUGAUUUAUACAUUACUAACUAUAUUUAUACAUUAUAACAAAAUCCAAACUUGGCCUAUGAAACUAUUAUAGUUUCAUAGGCCUAGUUUGGAUUUUGUUCCUAACCGCCCUUCUGAUGCUUUUGAUACAUUUCAUAAACGUAGCAAAAAUGUAAAGAUGUAAACUCAUGCAUAUCAUUAUUGCAUUACUUUAUAUCAGGCUAUACUAACAGCAUUUAAGGUAUUAUUGUAUGCGAUGAAUUUACAUUGUGAUAUAAAAUUGGUCAUUGUCUUUUAAAAAAGUUGAUUUACGCAAGUUGCAAAUUAACCUGUAUUUUUAUAUACCGUGAAUUUUCCAUAGAGCAUAUGAUUAACUUUAUAAUAGGACAGGCAAUAUCCAGUGCUAAAUAUGCAUAUAUUUAUUAUGUUUUAUAUCCUCGUUUAAUGUUUUGCUGUUGUGUUUUGUUUUUGAACAUGGUAGGAAUAAUCGACCCGAAAAACCAUAGUGACGGGGGCGCGUCGAUAUCGAUAGCCAGUUAUUAUCCGUAGUAAUUAUUCACACAAAGUAGACGCAUCAAUAGAGGCAUUUGGAUUUCUCGAGUCAAUAUGGAGAAGUUCUUUGUAUGUUCAUACCACGAUUGGUUAGUGUUAUUUUAAAAAAAGGUUGACAAUACAAAUUAGUUUAAUUUAAUAUUGUGCGAUUAUCGUACUAAAUUAAGCGCUAUCGGGGCCUUUGGUUAUUGAUUAGUCAAAAAUGUUUAAACUUCUAUCAUGUAUGUUUUAUAGUGCGAAACAAACGACUGAGUUAUUUAUAAAAUGGUAUCGCUGCAUAUUUUUGUCUCCGAACGACGUUAUACCAAAUUGGUUUCAAGCAAAACAUGUUGGUUUUGGUUUACCCUUUGGUCCUAGCAGCUGUACGACUUGCCGUGAUCUUAUAAAAUAAUGAGUUUAAGUUAAAUUGAAAUGUUAGGGAUAUGUAAUACUAUAUUUACUUGUCUUUAGAUGCGGAUGUUGUGUAAGAUUAUUUUAUUUACCUUCCAAACUGGACGUUCUUGUUAUACAGUUGUAAUAUUCAGCUUAAGCUAGUCUUAUUUUAAAGAGUAUACAUAACUUGAUUUAUAUACGAGUAUAUUAUGUUAUAUCUACAUAUAUAUUUAUGCUUCGCUUCCAUAACUGGUAUUUCUUUCGGAUUAAGUAGGUAUGUUUAAGUUGAUAAAUAUCAAGGGUUUUCUGUUAAUUGAGAUAAGUACCUAGUAAAAAUAUAUGUAAAUACUAAUUAACUUGGGUUUAAUAUGAUUACGUAUUUUACGUUAUUGUUAUGAAUUGAGUAACAAUAUUUAACUAAGCGAUAGUUGGUGUUACUGAUAGAAAUGUUAUCAUUUUUUAUUUGUAGUUUUAAAUAGAGUAGGAUGUCGUGAUAACUCGCAAUAAAGGUUGGGGAGACGAAAUAGGAGGCGACUUGGUGUCGUGAAGAAUUCACGUUAUGAACGGUGCAAAUGGCACGCUAGGAACCUAAUAGUUACAAAGGGUGUCUAGUUAAAAUAAAAUUAAAAUUUAUUUUUAAAUAGGAAAAUUUAGAAUAUUUUUUUUAUAAUAUAAAAAUUUUGGCAUAAAAAUCAAAAGGGAAUUUUCCUUCCCUAGUUUACUUCAAAGCCGUAUUUCAUAUUAUUCUAGAAAAUAUUAUAAUUAGAUACCCUCUGUACUUUAUUAUAAGCGGCUACUAAUAAUUUUAGCAAUAAAUUUAUUAACCUUAUAUAGGUAUAUUACGUGUAUGUAUACCACUUUUUCAAAUUAUUUCAAGAUUUUUUCACGAAUCGAAAUGCUUCUUUUGUUUUAAGUAUUAUCAUUGUUUAAAAUAUUUAGAUGUAAAAUUGGUAAAGUAACGUCUUUGGAUAUUUUCGAAUAGUCGAUUGGAUUUCUUCUUAUACUUGCUCACCAUUUAUAUUAAAGAUGCUUUUUUAUUUAUUAGUAACAAUUACAUUAGUGAUCACGUUUAGGCGCAAUUGGUCCAAUUCGCAUUUGGACCAAUCACUUUCUUCGCGAUCGGACGGAAUUAGUUAAAAAUCGCGAAAUAGGAACAUCUUUAGAAAAUCAUCAGAUCAAUUGCAUUUGGCACCAGUUGCGGCUUUGACGAUAUAUUGCCAUAAUAGGCUAUAAAUGUUACAAGUUUGAAGCUCUGGAUAAAGUGCAUUGUUCAUAUAGAUGCCCUUACUGUUGGAAAAUUCGUAGUCAAAAAAGUUAAUCGAUACUUGUUUGAGUUUUAGCUACUUUGGGUAUUGAGUAUUGUCGUAGAAGGCGUGAUUUGUGGCAUUAUAAUACACAUUUUGUUUACUUUGUUUUAUUAUUAUUUUUGCUUUUAACAAUAUCACGUAAAUAGUUAUAAUUAUAGCCCUAUAAGCGAAUAACUUGAGUAUUAUUUAUUACACAUUGAAAUCGCUUGCAAACAAAAUUGUAUGACGUUGUUACGCUACUUUCGUUUACUGUGAUAUUUCUCUUCCUAUCAUGACUUGUAAUAUUGGAUUGAACAUAAAUAAAUAUUUUGUUAAAGUUA